UCAGGCAGGGAGGGGAAGGGAAGAGGAGAGAGGCAGACGGCAGACAGGCUCACCCACCCCAAAUACUGCAACAGUAAAAGUUGAGAGUACAGAGAGGGAAACAAGUGUAAAGAAAGUAGGCAAAAUGGGGCAGGGGCAGAAAGGUUCCUCAGAUAAGGAGAAGGGCAAGAAGCAGAAGAGAGAUGAAAGCCCAGCACCAGAGGACGGCCGCAAAUGCAGAGUCUGUCGCUUCCCUCUUCUCGUCGCCCUGCUUCAGCUGCUGUUGGGGGUGGCCGUCACAGCCGUGGCCUUUCUUAUGUUGGCCAUCAGCCCCUCACUCCUGGCCAGGGAGACGCCACACUGGGCUGGGAUCAUUCUGUGUUUUGUUUCCAUCCUGGGCUUUAUCCUGUACUGUAUCACCUACCUCCCUGAUGAGAGAACGUCUAUGCAGUUCAUUGGCAAGCUCCUGUACUUUGUCCUGUGUACAAUCGGCCUGGUCAUUUCAGUGCUGGUUGUGGCGUUCGCUGGACACCACUACUCACAGACCAGUAGCUUCAGCUGUGAGCAGGUGGGAGAGGACUGCGUGUGCACGCUGGAUCACAAUGACCCAAUUGCCCGCACCUUCACCUACGAGGAAGUCAGCGACUGUGAGGUGAUCACGGGGACCCUCACGCUCUACUUCCUGCUCCAGAUCGUGCUGAACCUGGUCCAAGCAAUUGUCUGUGCCGUUGGUGCCUUCAUCAUGUGGAAGGACCGUUAUCAGGUCUUUUUCGCUGGUCUUCAGAUUGGCUCCCCCUCCUCCCAGCAGUGGCAGAAGGUUUAACGUGAUGAUGAAAGAGUUGAGGAUGACUCGGAUAAUUUGGAUCAGGAUGGAGGGUAAUGCCAUCUGUGUGACUACAUUCGGAAGGACAGGGACAUUUGCCUUUUUGAUGUGUGCUUAAGUGUGUUUAUAUUAACCUUUUGUGGUAGGUGUACUAUAAUGGCUUUUUGCACAAAUUUUGUAUACCAUUUAAGUAACUUUGUACUUUCAGUUGUUGAUGUUAUAAAAACAACUUGAAUAGAUGAAGAGGGGCAAAACGACUCUCUAUUUUUGAAAAACUAAACCAAUUAUUAUGUGUUAUUAUGUGUUCGAUAAUGAAUUCUUCACAAUGAUUCUAAUUAUCUUGACAUUUACUUGUGACAUACAGCUCAUAUAAACUUGCAAUACCAGUAACUUUGGUUUGAGUUACUAAGAUUUAAUGAUCAUAAUUAGUUGCUGCAGUGAUGCUUUAGGUGGCAUACUGAAUCACUGUUUUGUCAAAUGAUGGUUUGCAAACGUUAAAUGACACUGCCUCACACAGGAGAAAGAUCAGACAUCAUCUUAAAGCAGGAGCAAAUGUUAGUAAGGUAUGCUUUUUAUCUUAAUUGAAUGACAGAGUUUAUUGUUUUUCAAUCAAGUUUUUUAACUAUGUUUGCAGCUGCUUGCUACAACUCAUUAUCACAUUGUUGGACAGAAAAAAAAAAAUCAACUUUCAAUGAAUGACUCUGUUUUGUUUCUUUUGCUGUUAUAUAAAGCUCUGUAAAUAUUUUGUAAUAUCCUUGAUGAAAAACAAUAGCAAAGUACUUUUCAGCUGAUAGAUGUAAUCUCUGUAAUACUCCAAACAACCUACUUAUAGGCAUUAAAAAUGGAUCCUGACAGCAGUAACACAGUCUGGGAAGAGGACACUUCAUGAAACUGGAUUCAGACUGAACUGGGCUGUGGCUUGCGAAGGUGGAUGCCAGGCCAGUAGCCAGCAUGACUCAAACUGCCUGUAGGAGUCAAACUACUGCAGCCACAAAGGGAGGGGGCGCAGGGCCCGGGGUGAGGAAAGGGGGGCUCAGACAGGCAGCUGGACUGAGGUAACUAAAUCAUCUCACUGUGUUAACAAUGUUUCAAAUGUUUUCAUUCAGGCAGUACAGAGCAAGAGGAAUGAAACAUCCCCUAAAUUUUAAGUUUGUAUUUUUCCAAAUGCUUUCUGCAGGACUUCAGCUUCUUUUCAUUCUUACUCUCACCUCAGGUUCCGACAGCAGUCACCUACUGUCUAUACAUGCUAAACAGGGAAUGGUAAACAGGAGGCAGUUUACGUAGCAAAUCAGAUGAAACGUGCCCACAGGGGGAGUGUAAUUAGUCUGCAAUGUUACAUCUUUUUUGUCAGUGAUGAAAAAAGUUUGACUGAUGGUAUAAGAGUAUUUUUUUAUAUUUCACAGAAGCCUUAAAUGUGGUGUAUGUGAAAGGUGCGUUUCAUUUGGAUAAAAAAGAUGCCAAUAAGUGCAUUUCUUCUUUAAAGACUGUCAAACUGUUUGUGGUAACAAAUACAAGCCUUUGUUUCAGUAA